UAUAUUAUAUUAUUUCUAGGUUAAGAUUUUGCUCUCUUUCCGUCUAUUUGCUCCUUUCCAUCCAAAUAUUCAUAAUUCAGUUCAAUAAGUUUUCAAUGUUCGGGCAUUGAUAAAACGUGUAUAGCCUGAGGCAGAGUGCGAAUCAGCAAGAAGAAAUCGAUGAUCAGAAGCUUCAAAUGGAACCAUCUCUAGUGCAAACCACUCCUUCAGUUGAAGAUGAUGAUGAUGAGUGGGACACUGAAGGAUUUGUAAUUCCAAGCUUGGGAAUUGAAGACCCUGACCACAAUAAAACCUCUUCUGAAAAAGUAGAAGAUUCUAUACAUUCCAAAGUUGAGGCUGGGAAAGAAGAAAAUAUAUACCUUGGGCCCCACGGAGCUCCUCCAUCUCAAGCAAAACAGCAAGAGCUGAACCCUUUGAACCGCAAGCAGAAAUUUAAGCAGAAACUUAAGGAAGCCGAUAGGCGAUAUAGUGGGAGCGGGCGGGAAAAUAAGGUGGAUAAUUUAAGAGAGCUUGUUGGAGGUGGAAAAAUGGCUGUGACUCCAUCUAAAAUUUCGUCCAGGGAAUGGCUAGACCCGCAUUGUCAUGAGUCUCAAUUUGAGAGAAGGAAUCUUCAUUAGAUUUUCGGAAUCUGUGGCGAAACUCAUAAACUACUUCACUCAUGUUUGGCUCUCUCCUUGCUUCGUGAGUUUGUUACCUCAAUAAUGUCAAAUCUCAUUUUAUAUGUUUAAGGAACUUGAGCUUAAAGUUUGGUGUCUUCUGGUAAGGCAGCAAUUGUUCUUCUCUUGGGAUAGUGUGCUGCUUUAUAGUGUUAGGAUUGCACAUUAGUUUUAUCAAGGUUUUAAAAGGCGCUAGGUAGUGGGAUUGGGUCUUGGGCUUAGAGUGCCUAGGCAGGGAUUAGUCUAGGCCUAUGCAUAGUCGUAAAAAUAUGAAUAAAUUUAUUUAUAUUUCAAAUCAUGCAUAACUUACAAACUAU